ACUCCAAAGGAGCAAAACAACAGCAAUCAGCUAGUUGAUCAAAGUUAAGCUGCCAAUUGCACAACUUUGAGCAACUCUCCUGGCUGGGCUGUUAGGGAGCUGAAUCAACCCAGGAAGAUCUGAGGAGGAGGGUGGAGGAAGGGGACCUCCACAGCCUUCCCCCCCCCACACACACCCCAAUUCCGACAGACAGACAGACAGACAGAACUCCAGCUUCCUUUGGGAUUGUUGAUGUUAGCAAUCUGCUCCAGAGAUCAUGGCUCCCUUUGGAAGAAACUUGUUAAAGACUCGGCAUAAAAACAGAUCACCACCUAAGGAGAUGGAUGUAGAAGAGAAGGAAAUUAUCGUCUGGGUUUGCCAAGAAGAAAAGAUUGUCUGUGGACUCACCAAACGUACCACUGCAGCUGAUGUAAUCCAGGCUUUGCUUGAAGAACAUGAAGCUACCUUGGGAGAGAAACGAUUUCUUUUUGGACAGCCCAGUGAUUACUGUAUCAUAGAAAAAUGGAGAGGCUCAGAAAGGGUCCUUCCUCCACUCACAAAAAUCCUGAGACUUUGGAAAGCCUGGGGAGAAGAACAGCCAAACAUGCACUUUGUCCUUGUUAAAGCAGAUGCUCUGGUUCCACUUCCAUUAUGGAGGACAGCAGAAGCUAAACUAGUUCAGAACACAGAAAAACAGUGGGACCUCAGUCCAGCCAAUUAUAUGAAGAUGUUGCCACUAGAUAAACAGAAGAGGAUCGUGAGGAAAACAUUCAGGAAACUAGCAAAAAUUAAGCAGGAUUCUGUUAUACAAGACCGGGACAGCAUGGAGACGUUGGUGCAUUUGAUCAUUUCUCAGGACCACACCAUUCAUCAGCAGGUCAAAAGAAUGAAAGAAUUAGAUCUGGAAAUUGAGAAAUGUGAAGCAAAAUUUCAUCUGGAUCGGGUAGAAUAUGAGGGAGAAAACUACGUCCAAGAUUCUUAUCUAAUACCCAGUCCUGGUGAGGUCAAACAACAAAAAGAUAUGAAGCUAGAAGAAAAUCAGACACCCGACUAUCUGAGCGAGAGCGAAGGGAUUUUACAGCUGGAAGAACGAUUGAAAUAUUACCGGCUGCUUAUUGACAAGCUAUCUGCUGAAAUAGACAAAGAAGUCAAAAGCAUUUGCAUAGAUGUGAAUGAAGAAACGGAAGGGACAGCUACAGAAGACUUAGAAAAGAAAAACUUGGAAAGUGUUAAGCAUGAUUUGGAGAAAAGUAUGAAAGCUGGUUUAAAAAUCCAUUCUCACUUAAGUGGUAUCCAGAAAGAGAUUAAAUAUAACGACUCCUUGCUUGAGAAGAAAGUGAUAGAAUAUGACCUCCUGGCAGAGGAACUGAAUUCGCUUCAUUUCAGCAUCAAAGAUGGAUGCCAACCUAAUGAAGAUAGGGAGAAAGGACUGGAGGGGACCAAUAGUAGUGUGGCAGGCCCUCAUUUUACUCAGAAAGUAUUUCAUUCCUAUACCAAUGACACAGACUCAGAUACUGGAAUAAGUUCUACUCAUAGUCAAGACUCAGAAACCACCUUGGGGGAUGUAGUGCUGUUGUCAACAUAAAUGGAACAGUUGUUUCGUGACCUACUACCGUGUUCUAAAAGAUUGCUUAAAUGGGAACAUUUAAUGGUAAAAGCUAGAUUGCUAUGAUGUCUUGGUUCCAUAAUUGCUACAGAGGCCAUAACUAAAUCACAUGGCUACUUGGUUAAAGUACUUACAUAGUAGGUGAAAACAAGGAUAAUAAAUGAGCUGACUUUUAAAAAAAUGCCAAUUUAAGCUUUAUAAGCUCUAUGGUAGAAAAAUACUGUUUAUUAGAAACAUUAAAACAAAAAAACUUCAAGUAUGAAGAGACAUUAUACAGAAUGGCAACAGUUAUAACAUGAGCUUAAAGAGGUUAUUUUUUUUCCCUUAGUUUGUGUUUCACAUGACUUGUAAAAACUUAAAAGUGAUCAUCAUUUUGAAAGGGUCAAACGAAUUGAAACUAUAAUAAGGAUAAUAAAUGUCACCUAUAAAAGCUUUCUUCAGUACUAAAUGGUUGGACUUUCAUGUCUGAAAAGGUGAUAGAGGUUAGCUUAUUUUUACCUGACUUCUUCUUAAUCUUUGGUUUGUUAAUAUCUACUUAGGACAUUCAGCACAUUCAGUUAGACUCUUCCUAACCUGUAGAGAAAGGCCUGUGUUGGAAAAUGUUGAAAAGGUCUGCUGGGAGGACUUUGGGCUACAGUGUUGGAGGCUAACAUGGAGUAAUUUGUGAGCGGAGGGCAGUGGAAUCAUCAGCUAUAAAAAACAACCAUUCUGAGCAACUCAGAACCACAGAAAAAAAAUUAUGUGGCUCUCACCCAUUUUGCCUGGCAAGGAGCCCAGGCCAAAAUUAAUGGGGCAUAGGAAUUCUUUAUUUCACUGACACAUAGAACAGAAUUUCAGAAAGAAUCACCAAAUAGAAAGCUUGAUAUAGGAUUAUUGCUCAAAGGCUGGAAGAGACCUUGGAGGUCAUUUGGUCUAAUACUCUCAUUUUAAGGUGGAAUAAAUGGUGGCCCAGAGAAAGUGAAAGAUAACCAGAGUAGUUGGCUCCAGAAUUAUUUUUACGUAGGUCCUCUAACUCUCGAAUGAGUAUAUUUCCAUUGUAUUCUACUGUAUCCACAUGCACCAAAUGUCUACAAAUACUGAGAGCUACAAAUUUUAACCCUUCUGUGGGUACCAAAACAAAUAAAAAAACCCAAAAGGGGCAUCUAGAUUCAUUUUCCUCACCUGUGAGGAAAAGAGAAUGAUAAGAUUGAGAUGAGCCCUAAGCUCUAAAUCAAUGAUGCCAAUGCUCCUAUUUGAAAUUACUAAAAUUUCAUUAAUUAGAUUCAGAAACAUCAUUAUGAGUAAAUCAGAUAAAAUGAAUGCUUUCAGGAUGACUUAAACUUAUUAAGUCAAAUCAUCAAUUUCCUAUUAACUAUCUGGCUGAACUGUAUAAUGGGAACUGAGAAGUACUGUACCAAUAACUGCAUGCCCUUGAAAAUGGUCUCCAGGUUACUAAUUUAACCAACUCUUUUCAGCUCACGAUUUGCUGACUACAGUCACUGUCAAACCAGACAAUAUGUGUAGUUAUUCACUAGCAUAAUUUUUGUCUUUACAGAGGCAUAAGAUAGAGUACAUCAGGUUUGUUUGUUUUAUAUUAAAAACAUUAAAUCUCACCAUCAUACAGUUGAACAUUAUUUAAAGUUAUAGCUUUUUUUCUAUAUGUCAAUGCAUAUAUGAAUACAGAUGUGCUGAUUUUAAAUUAUUUUUAAAACAAUGUUGUUCAAUGAUUCCCAGUGCUAUUUACCAAGGGGAUUUUUUUUAAGGGAAUUCUUAAAUCCAACUUUUUACUCCUACCCUCCUCUUUUACCCAUCUCCUUACUCUCCAAUAUGGAGAUUAAUUUCUCAGAGGCUGACUUUUUUGGGGAGCUUUUGUAUCACCACUUCAUAGCCUGAGUUUUUCUACUAGACACGCAAAGCUUUCUGAAUUCAAAGUAAAUAAAUGAGUGAAAUAUAUGUGCUCACACACACACACACAUAUGGA